UCAUUACUGGUUUACUGUGUCUGCUGAUAUAUACAUAUACAUAAUUUUUUUUUUGUCAAAAUUCGUGCGUUGCCUUAAUCUAAUAUUCUCAUUUUGGUUGCGGUGCGCCCAUAAAAUAGUUUUGCAACUUAAUUAUAAAAGUAUACAAGUUUUCAAUUCAACGAAAAUUCCAAAUUGAUUUUUGUAAAUAAAUUUUGAUUUUGUUCAUUAAUCAUCUAUAUUUAAAUUUGAAAUGGCCAAAUCGAGUGCUGAAGAAGUUGAAAAAACUGAAAACAACGAAACAAUUGUAAAGAAGUUUCCGGAAAAUGCAUCGGAAAUUGGCAAAGAUGCAUCGAUUGAAAGUUUAAUAAAGCAUCCAUUGCAAAAUUCAUGGACACUUUGGUAUUAUGAUCAUGAGAAGGGUAAAACAUGGGAAGCAUGCCAACAUCAAAUCACAACAUUCGAUACCGUCGAAGACUUUUGGAGCCUGUAUAAUCACAUCAAGCAACCGACAGAAAUCAAAAAUGGUAACGAUUAUUCGCUAUUCAAAAAUAACAUUCGUCCGAUGUGGGAAGAUGAGCAAAACAAAAACGGCGGCCGUUGGAUCAUCAAUUUGCAAAAAUUCUUCCGGCCACAUGAGCUCGACAAGUUAUGGUUAGAGGUCAUUCUAUGUUUGAUUGGCGAAGCAUUCGAUUACUCGGAAGAUAUUUGCGGUGCGGUGGUCAAUGUUCGUCUUAAUCGCCACAAAAUUGCUAUCUGGACGUCAAACAAUAACAAACAGAGAAUUCUCAGCAUCGGCCGAAAGUUAAAAGAAAGUCUCAAUAUACCGCAAGAAUUGCAAAUUCAAUACGAACUGCAUAAAGAAACUGCAUUCAAACAUGGUGGCAAAGCAGCAGCAUAUACUUUGUAGUUUUCUUCAGUUAUAAUUUCUUUAUCACAUCUUUUCUCGAUUCGGAUAAGCGAAAUCCUUUCAUUUUUUUUAUAUCACAUUCUAUUAUGCGAGAUGAAUAAUUUUCAAUUAAUUUUUAAGUGAAAGAUUGUGAAUAAUUUUAUUAAUGGCAUUAUUAUCACUGCUAGAUUUAUCUACGCUAUGGUAUAAUUUCUUCUUCGUUUUCUUUUUUUUCUGGUAAAACAUAAUUUAAACAAGAAUCAUAUGCAAAUUAUAAUUUAAAUAUCAAUCAAAUUUAAAGCAAAAACCGGGUGUUUUUUUCGCUCCGAGUUUUUAUUAGUUAAGACAUACAAUUCAUGUAAAAAAAAACAAAAACCUUCAAAUCCAAAAUCAUCAUUUUCGGUGAAAAAAAGAGAACAACAGCAAAAAGAAAAUAAAUAAACUUUUAAUUUGAGCAAAAAAAUCUAGUUUUUAAGUUUUCAUUACUGAACGAAUGAGAUCGUAUAAAAAUUUCAUUCAUUUCAACACAUUAGAUUCGAUAAUAUAUAAAUUUCUAACUAAAAAUGGAACCGUAAUAAUUUAUCAUUGAAUCAUUUCAAAUUGAAUUGUUAUUAUAAGUUCGCUAUUAAGCUAGAUAACAUUAGGAGGUUUGAAAUGUGCAUAACAUUAUAAAUUAAAUAGAACAUUUGCAGAAAACAAAAUAAAAACACCGGUCAUGCGUAA